AUGGUAAAAUCUAGUUUACAACGCAAAGCUCCUAUAACCAAAGGCUAUAUAUGUAUAUUUGUAUGUUUCGCGACCAAAGCAAUACAUAUAGAAUUAGCUAGUGAUUUAUCAACUGAAUAUAAUGCCACAAAUUUCGUGGGUGCAAAUCGCAAGUUACAGGAACUUAAAAAAUUAUUUUUAUCAGACACGUUAGAUCCCGAAAUCCAAAAAUUAACGGCAGAACUUGGUAUACGUUGGCAUUUCAUCCCUCCUAGAUCCCCUCAUUUUGGCGGUCUGUGGGAAGCGGCCAUUAAAUCUGUAAAAACUCACUUAAAUAAAUUAUUGGGAAACGCUAUUCUAACCUACGAGGAACUAAACACUGUGCUUGCUCAAAUAGAAGCGUGCUUAAAUUCACGCCCGUUGACUCCUUUAUCAUCUGAUCCAUCUGAUCCUUCUGUACUUACUCCCGGUCAUUUUCUGGUGGGAAGCUCUUUAGUCUCUUUGCCAGAACCUGAUUUCACGACAACACCUCUCAAUAGAUUAACGAGGUGGAGAAGAGUGAGUCAUUUAUUUCAAGAAUUUUGGCGCCGCUGGUCUAAAGAUUAUUUGGUGCAACUACAACAGCGAAAUAAGUGGGAAAAUGACAGAGGACCUAGGCUUCGAAUUGGCACUAUUGUACUCGUGCGUGAUGAUAAUCUUCCCCCUUUGCGCUGGAAAAUAGGACGAGUUGAAGAAGUUCAUGUCGGAAGUGACGGAGUCAUUCGUGUGGCAACUAUUUCAACCUCAAGUGGUCAAUUCAAACGAGCAGUCCGAUUAUUAUGUCCUUUGCCCUUUGAAGGCAAUCAUAAUUAAAUAUUAUUAUUAUUUUUAUUUUUGUAUUUAUAUUUAUAUUUAUGUUCUGAUAUUGAAUAGC